GUAUGCAUGGGUCGUAGCCGUAAUUCUCCAUGUAAUUUGCUUGCAAGUAUCAUAGUAACUACACUCAGUACGAUUUGCGUAUUAGGAUAUCACAUUGUAACACUAAUUUCAAUUCGAAUACAGUAUACAGUAUACUCUCUGCCCUUACGGCUCUAACAGUUAUAAAGGUUUAUUUCAUUCGUUUUAUUUUUGGGUAUAUUGACACACUCACACAUACAUGUACAUAUGAAAUCUUUUAUCUUUAUUGUUUUUCUUUUUCUGUAUUCUGUAGUUCACGACAAGGUCGUUUCUCAUUAUGUGUCAUAUGGUCUUGUAUGAAUGAAGAGGACCUACUCAUAAAGUCAUUUACUGGAUGGUUUUUAUAGACAGCAGGUUAGUUGUAAUGGAACCUGAAAUGAAAACCAAUUGCUAGUGAACAAGGGCGAAAUGCGGCUACCGAGCUUUUCUUGUAUCACUUGGGCCCACUCAAUUUCUCGUCUAUGAUCAUUGCCUUAUAUAUAAACGAACCACAAGUUAAGCUUGCACUGUCGCCUAGACCCAUCCAGUCAGAAUUGUGCAUUGUUUUCUAAUCUUCACAAGCGCUCGCCUUCAAUCGAGCUCAUGAUCGCUUGACGAAUCUUGUCCGGGUAUAAUUCCCGGCAGUCUGUAACGGCACCCUGCAAACGUUUCUCUGCAACGGUCCUCUGCUGCCGUUACACUCACUCAAAAUAGUAUUUAAUAGGAGCGACAGACGGACACAUCUUUACCUUUUUUUGUUUUUUUUUUUUGUUUUUUUUCCUGUAAAUCCGUAGCUGUAGUAUGGACGCCUACUCGGUAGAGCUGUAUAAGCGUUUCAAGAUUGCACCUCUUGUCGAAGCAUCUUCGAACAAGUGCUCCUUCAUUCGUCGGCUCGCGCAAGGAAAGCUCCCCGUAGAAAAUUUUGACAAAUGGCUUUUUGACGACCGGCUGUUUGUGCAUGCUGGAGCUUACCACUGUGCCAAGAUUUACGUGCGGGCAAAGCAAGACCCUGAGAUUAACCAGGGUGCCUUGACCGUGCUUCACACCUGUUACAUGGCUCUGAUCCCGGAGCUGAAGCGGUUUGAUAAUAUGUGCAAACAGCACGGCGUGAAAAUGCCCAAACUGCCUCCUAUAGAGCCUACACCCGAGGCAAUGGCACAAACGGAUCCCACUCAGUACUACAAACUCUCCUCGCCCAAGUGUCGUCGGUACGUUCAGUUCAUCACCAAGGAAGUGUUUGAUAUUCCCAAUCUCAGAACGGCCGACUUGCUGUAUAUGGUUUGGCUUGGAGAAGCCAUCUACCAUCGUUCCUUUGCUACAGCAGCUGCAUCACCGAUUUUCCAGAAGACAUACAACAAGGAGCUCGAAUUUGUCAACUACUGGGGAGGCCGUCCCUUCUACAAGUAUGUCGAGGAAUUGGCGUACCGAUGCCAGGAACUGCCCAGCACGGAGCUUACUCACAGCCUGAUGAUUAAAGUGUGCGAGUUUGAAGGUCUGUUUUGGUCUUCUGCUGAGGACGACUGAGGAAAUGAAAUAUAAUGAAUGUUUUUAUUAAAUAUGAAAAGAGGGGAGACGUGAAGGAUGG